GAGAAAAUGGACGGGACCAAAAAUAGCGGAAACAUGAUCAGCUAGGACGUUGAAAUGCAGGGACAACGGAGCCAGAGGAUAGUGAUCUUCGGGUCCGUCUUCCUCCUAACAACACUCCUCAUCCUCUACAGUUCCAACAGUGGAAAUGAUAUGCUGUCAGGGUCAUUCCGUAUUGCCAACAGCCAUCAUAAGAUCAAGGCCACUGACCUGAAGAAAUGGGCUGGCAAAGAGGGUUAUGUAACCGUCUAUGGAAACAAGAGUAUGACCUUGCAUUGCCAUAACUGUGCACUGGUGACAAGCUCCAGUCACGUCCUGGGCACCCAAGCAGGAGAGGAAAUCGACCACACAGAGUGUGUUAUCCGUAUGAACGAUGCUCCCACCUUGGGAUACGAUGCUGAUGUGGGGAAUAGGACCUCCUUGAGGGUGGUUGCCCACUCCAGUGUGUUCAGGGUGGUCCGGAGGCCAGCCGAGUUCCUGAACCGCACAGACAACAGCCCUGUCAUCGUCUUCUGGGGGCCCCCAACCAAGAUUGGAAAAGAUGCCAAAGGGACCCUUUACAGAUUGAUCCAUAGAGUCAGCAUGACCUACAGUAACCUGUCCUAUUUCACCAUCUCACCCAACAAGAUGCGCAAAUUUGACAGUCUGUUUCAGAAGGAGACAGGGCGAGAUAGGCAAAAAUCUCAGUCCUGGUUGAGCACAGGCUGGUUCACCAUGGUUAUAGCUAUUGAAAUUUGUGAUAAUAUUAAAGUUUAUGGAAUGGUUCCACCUAGUCAUUGCGGAAAAAAAUUAGGGCCUAAGAAGAUGCCCUAUCACUACUACAAGCCCAGAGGGCCUGAUGAAUGUGUCACAUAUCUGCAGAAUGAAAGAGGACGGAGAGGAAACCACCAUCGUUUUAUUACCGAGAAGCAAGUAUUUGCACGUUGGGCAAAGCAGUACAACAUUACUUUCAUUCAUCCUACCUGGUGAAAAGACACUGAAUACCAGAGGAAAUCUUAUCCACACUCGCACAAGUCCGAACAAGCACAAUAGACUGGAUUGCACUGAUCCGCAGUUGACCUAGCCUCUCCACAUGAGCACACACGGGAAUUUUCCUACGACCUUUCUAUAUUUGGCACAUUUGAAUUGCCACACGGAGGAAAAGAGUUUGUAAAGCAUGUAUGACUUGGAUAACCAACCAAGGACAUCUCUCAGAAUGUUGUGGGAUGUUGAAUCUCUCUUUUGCGAGGUUCUGAAAAUACUCAUGGAAAUAUGGCUACCAUACAAGCAUCAAUGUAAAUAGGGGAAAAAAACAAAUAUAAAGAUGUAUUUUUUCAUGUUUAUAAGGUUUUUUGUUAAAAAAAAAGUCCCUAAAAUACACUUAUCCAUGUGUCCCAUGUGGAAGUGAUAUUAUCUGUUGGGAUAUUUCUGAAUCUACAAGACCUGCAUAAACUCCUAUGCAGGUCUUGAAUUGUGCCAAUUCAACUGAAACACACCAUCGAAAACGACAGUGUCGCUCCCCAAAUAUGUGAACCUUAAAAAAAAAGUGUUUGUUUUGGGUCUGUUGUCCUUCAGGUUUCACAGUAAGGGUAUUUUACUCCACAUUUGAUGAACAGGUGUGAGAAAGAUCAUACGGUCUGUAUGUGAUCUACCCCCAACGUGCCCACAGUGUUGGGACACGUGAAGAUCAUUAAUAAUAAUGGAGCCGCAAGACAAAAUAUUAUUUUUAAGGCGCACAAAAUUGCAUCACAUUGAACAUUUCACAAUCUAAAUUAACACAGGGAUACAGACUAACACCUGUUUCAUCAUGUACAGAAAAAUACCCUGAAAAUAAUGAUGCUGUUACGCAUUUUAAAGCACAACGUGUUGAGUUUUUAUUAUUUUUGGUCACUACAGACCAUGGAUACUGAGCUGUUGCCUCGUGAACAACUGUCUUUUUACCUCAGCGCCAUUCUGAGCACACGUGGCUCGAGUUAAAAUACAGAGAAUGUAUCAAAUUAAUGUCGUAUUAUUAUUGGAACGCAUGAUUAGCCAAAUUUAAAGUGGAGUUACAAUUUGAAUGGGGGAUUAAGUGGUAUAAACCUGCAGGUUUACUUCUUUUUUUUGGAUUCCCAAACUAUUUUCCUUUUUACAAGCCACCGGUUGAUCUUCAACAAAUGUGAAUCUGCCAAGGAGGCAUGUGCACGCACACACACACACGUACACACACACACUGCAUAAGUCAAUCAGCAUGGAUGACUUCAUUACCUUAAGUGUUUUUUUUUUACUCCGUGAUCUUGAGUUUCCUGUUAACUUAUUGAAACAUGACUUCACAAAAAUAAAUUACUCACAAAAAAUGUUUAUAUAUACAGAUCUGCCCAGGGGGUUUACCUCUAUCUUGAAGAGGUUUACAUACUGAACUUUAAAACAAGCACAUUGAGAACACUUUGGGGUUGUCCAGUAUGUAUUCAUCCGUCUUGCUGUUAUUCAUUAUUGAUGCAAACCUCAACUCAAAGUCAGUCAACAGGCAGCGGACAGUAAUGCGAGUGAAACGGCCCAGGGCAGCUUGAACUGAGGGCCUAAUGGGAGUCUGUGUAAAAGCAUGUGUGAGUCCUCGACUUUUAAGUCUUUUACAAGUUGUUUCAGGGCAGGAAGCUUGACGCUCAUUCCUUCAUAAUGAAAUAAAACUACUUCUCAAAAUCACUGCCGUCUCCGCUGCAUGAUCUUCUUACCUCAAUGUCUUUUUUUUUCUUUAAAAAGGUAUAAACUAGGGCGUCCGGGUGGCAUGGAGAUCUAUUCCAUUGCCUACCAACACAGGGGUCGCCAGUUCGAAUCCCUGUGUUACCUCCGGCUUGAUCGGGCGUCCCUACAGGCACAAUUGGCUGUGUCUGCAGGCGGGAAGCCGGAUGAGGGUAUCUGUCCUGGUCACUGCACUAGCGCCUCCUCUAGUCGGUUGGGGCGCCUGUUCAGGGGGGAGGGGGAAUA